GAUCCGGCGGGAGGGGGGAGGGGCGGGAUUUCCUGCGGGAGGCGCUGAGCCGGCGGUGGCAAAGGAGGAGAAAGGGGGCAGGGGCGCCGCGGGAGCCAGCGUCCCGAGUGCCAGGGGCCGAGCGGGGCCAGCCGGACCCCCGGCGGGGCGGCGGGGGAGAGGCUCCGGCCCGGCUGUCGGCAGAGGCUCCGCACCAUUUCCCGACCCCGAGACGGGCCACCGCUGCAGCCUGAGGCCCGAGGGAAUGCGCUCCAGGUGGGCACUGGUGCUCCCAAGCCAAGCCGGGAAGAUUGGCGCGCCCAGUCCCAGCCCUUCCUGGGGCCGUCGGAAGCUGCAAGCUGAUAUCUGUCCAGAUUCCCACAAAGCCUCCACCCCCUCGGAGACCGGCUUUCCUGCCUGUGGCGGCAGCUCCGGGAGCACCUGGCGGGAGUAUCCGUCCCUGCUGGGGACACCAGACGCGCUGCCCUCCACGGCCAUGGCCACCUGACGCCUCACCUCGGACCAGUUUCCCUGCCUCUGCCCUGGACCCCCAAGGCCGGAGCCGGAAUGGGUCGUGAACAGGACUUGAUCCUCGCAGUCAAGAACGGAGAUGUGACUGGCGUUCAGAAACUGGUGGCCAAGGUCAAGGCCACAAAGACGAAGCUCCUCGGCUCCACGAAGAGGCUCAAUGUCAACUACCAAGACGCUGACGGCUUCUCCGCCCUGCACCACGCUGCUUUGGGGGGCAGCCUGGAGCUCAUCGCUCUGCUGCUGGAGGCCCAGGCCACCGUUGACAUCAAGGACAGCAAUGGCAUGCGCCCGCUACACUAUGCAGCCUGGCAGGGCCGCCUGGAGCCCGUGAGGCUGCUGCUGCGGGCCUCGGCAGCGGUCAACGCCGCCUCGCUGGACGGGCAGAUCCCCCUGCACCUGGCGGCGCAGUAUGGACACUACGAGGUGUCAGAAAUGCUCCUCCAGCAUCAGUCCAACCCCUGCUUGGUCAACAAGGCCAAGAAGACGCCCCUGGAUCUGGCCUGCGAAUUCGGGCGGCUCAAGGUGGCCCAGCUGCUACUGAAUAGCCACCUGUGUGUGGCACUGCUGGAGGGCGAGGCCAAGGACCCAUGUGACCCCAACUAUACCACGCCCCUGCACCUGGCUGCCAAGAACGGCCACAGAGAGGUUAUCAGGCAACUCUUGAGAGCCGGGAUUGAGAUCAACCGCCAGACCAAGACCGGCACGGCGCUGCACGAGGCCGCCCUGUACGGCAAGACCGAGGUGGUACGGCUGCUCCUGGAGGGAGGUGUGGACGUGAACAUCCGGAACACGUAUAACCAGACGGCGCUGGACAUCGUGAACCAGUUCACCACCUCCCAGGCCAGCCGGGAGAUCAAGCAGCUACUGCGGGAGGCCUCGGGGGUCCUGAAGGUCCGGGCUCUCAAGGAUUUCUGGAACCUCCACGACCCCACUGCCCUCAACAUCCGGGCGGGGGACGUCAUCACGGUGCUUGAGCAGCAUCCUGAUGGCCGCUGGAAGGGCCACAUCCACGAGAGUCAAAGGGGCACGGACCGUGUGGGCUACUUCCCCCCGGGCAUCGUCGAGGUGGUCAGCAAGCGGGUGGGCAUUGCGGUGCCCCGCCUCCCCGCUGUGCCCACCCCGCUGCGCCCAGGCUUCCCCCGGACACCGCAGCCUGCUGACGACCCCCUGCACCCACUCACCUAUGGCCAGCUCCCUCGGGUGGGCCUCAGCCCGGACAGCCCAGACAACCUGAGCUACCGGCCUGUGGCCAGCUACCGCUCUGGGGAGCAGAUCUCCACCCAGGACGUGAGGCCGGAGCAGCUGCUGGAAGGGAAGGACGCCCAAGCCAUUCAUAACUGGCUGAGUGAGUUCCAGCUGGAAGGCUACACGGCCCACUUCCUGCAGGCCGGCUAUGACGUGCCUACCAUCAGCCGCAUGACGCCUGAGGACCUGACGGCCAUCGGGGUGACCAAGCCUGGGCACAGGAAGAAAAUCGCCUCGGAGAUUGCCCAGCUCAGCAUCGCCGAGUGGCUGCCCAACUACGUCCCGGCCGACUUACUGGAGUGGCUGUGUGCGCUGGGGCUGCCCCAGUACCACAAGCAGCUGGUGAGCAGCGGCUACGACUCCAUGGGGCUGGUGGCCGACCUCACCUGGGAGGAGCUGCAGGAGAUCGGCGUCAACAAGCUCGGGCACCAGAAGAAGCUUAUGCUGGGGGUGAAGAGGCUGGCGGAGCUGCGGCGGGGCCUGCUACAGGGGGAGGCCCUAGGCGAAGGUGGGCGCUGGCCGGCCAAAGGUCCGGAGCUGAUGGCCAUCGAGGGGCUGGAGAACGGGGAGGGCCCAGCCGGGACUGGCCCACGCCUCCUCACCUUCCAGGGCAGCGAGCUGAGCCCAGAACUACAGGCAGCCAUGGCAGGGGGUGGCCCUGAGCCACUCCCCCUGCCCCCUGCUCGCUCCCCCAGCCAGGAGAGCAUCGGCGCCCGCUCACGGGGGUCUGGCCACUCACAGGAACACACUGCCCCCCAGCCCUGCGGAGGCGACCCCAGCACCCCCCAGGAAAGGAACCUUCCAGAGGGCACGGAGCGGCCUUCUAAGCUUUGCUCCCCACUUUCUGGCCAAGGAGCCCCCCCUUAUGUUUUCAUGUACCCCCAGGGCUCGCCCUCCAGCCCGGCCCCAGGGCCACCUGCUGGUGCACCCCGGGCCUUCUCCUACUUGGCCAGCGCCCCUGCUGCCCCCCCAGACCCACCUCGGCCCAAGCGCAGGUCCCAUAGCUUAAGCCGCCCCGGCCCUGCAGAGGGUGAGGCUGAGGGGGAGGCCGAAGGGCCGGUGGGCAGUGCCGUGGGCAGUUAUGCCACCCUUACCCGGCGACCAGGACGCAGCGCCCUCGCCCGCACCAGCCCUAGCCCGGCCCCAACGAGAGGGGCUCCUCGGAGCCAGUCCUUUGCUCUCCGGGCCAGGCGCAAAGGCCCCCCGCCCCCGCCUCCCAAGCGCCUCAGCUCCGUCUCUGGCCCCACCCCGGAGCCAACGCCACUUGAUGGAAGCCCAGGCCCCAAGGAGGGGGCCCCAGGGCCCCGAAGACGGACGCUGAGUGAACCAGCUGGUCCCCCAGAGCCUCCCUGCCCGCCUGCCCCACCUGGCCCCGCGUCGGACACAGAAGAGGAACCAGGCCCUGAGGGGACACCCCCGUCUCGGGGCAGCUCGGGAGAGGGCCUGCCGUUCGCGGAGGAGGGCAACCUGACCAUCAAACAGCGGCCGAAGCCAGCCGGGCCCCUGCCCCGGGAGACACCCGUACCCCUCGGCCUCGACUUCAACCUCACAGAGUCGGACACUGUCAAGCGGAGGCCCAAGUGCCGGGAGAGGGAGCCGCUGCAGACGGCCCUGCUGGCCUUCGGGGUGGCCAGUGCCACCCCCAGUCCCUCUGACCCCCUGCCCUCCCAGGCACCGGCGAGGCCCCCUCCCCAGCAUCCUCCGGCCCUUCCCCUAGGCCGAGUCUAUCUGGAAAACCCCACAGGCAGUCGGCGGAAUGGGGAGACUGAGCCCCCAGCUGCGCCCUCUGCUCUCCUGAAGGUGCCCGGAGCAGGAACCGCCCCCAAGCCUGUGUCGGUGGCCUGCACACAGCUGGCUUUUUCUGGUCCUAAGCUGGCUCCCCGGCUCGGCCCCCGCCCGGUACCCCCUCCCAGGCCUGAGAACGCCGGGGCUGCAGGCCCAGGCCAGGCCCAGCAGAGGCUGGAGCAGACCAGCUCGUCCUUGGCGGCAGCACUGAGGGCCGCAGAGAAGAGCAUUGGCGCGGAGGAGCGUGAGGGCCCCCCUGGCACCUCCACCAAACACAUCCUGGACGACAUCAGCACCAUGUUCGACGCCCUGGCUGACCAGCUGGAUGCCAUGCUGGACUGA